AAUUCUAGGUAAAACAUGGCGUCGUCCUCAUCGUUAGGACGUGUUUUGACUCUAUGCAAACGGUUUCAGAGCGUCUUCAGGAUAUCUCCAGCGAUAGGCGUUCAACACUGUACUGUAAAUCUGGAAAGAUGCCAGAACAAUCUUCUAAGUGAAAAAUCCUCCCUGAUCGCCUCUUCUUGGAUCACUCCCAUCAGCUUUGUGGGUCAGCAUCGAGCUUUGCACACGACUGUUAGCAGAAGAGGGUUGGAAGAGUUCUUUGAUCAGCCUGAGAACUGGGGAGAGCCCAAUGUGAAGUCUGGAGCUCCGUGGACAGCGAAACAGCUGAGAACAAAGAGCAACGAGGACUUACACAAACUCUGGUAUGUGUUGCUGAAGGAAAGAAACAUGCUGCUGACGCUUGAGCAGGAAGCAAAAAGACAAAGUCUUCAGAUGCCGAGUCCUGAACGGAUGAAGAAGAUUCAACGGUCAAUGGUCAGGCUGGACACGGUGGUGAGAGAACGGGAGACUGCACUGCGUCUGCUGCAGACGGGACAGGAGAAAGGCCGGCCAGGAGACUGGAGGAGGAACGUGUUCGGAUAUGAAUACUGGUAUCGGUUCAAAGAAUACACAAUUCCCUGGUACAUGAAUAAAAGACACAAGCUCAAGAAGUUCUACACGCCCUAUUUUGUCCAACCUCAUAUAAGGUUGCGCAUUGAGAGAUUCCUUCGAGAAAGGACCAGGAAAGUCAACUUAAAGAGGAAAACUUUGGCCAAAUUAAAGGAGAAAUUUCCCCAGAUGAAGCUGCCAUCUUCCUGAAUAAGGGAUCUGUUCUAUUUUGAGUUUGCUACAACUCAGCUGCCUGAAUCAGCUCAUACAAUCUACUGAAAUUUGAGCAAAUUCUAGUUCAGCUGUUAUUUGGUUUUACAAGAUAAAACUGUUUUCUCGAUUGGAAAUGUGUUCUGUUUUGUUACUGUCUAAUAAACCAUCCUGCCUAACCACUGUUUGGGCAUCUUGUAGCUAAAGCAAGCUCAGAAUUACUUUUAAAAUGACUUCGUGUAAUCAUAACAAAAUUGACUUUUAUUUUUCAAAGGUCAUAUGUAGCCAAUGACAAGUAAAAAUGAAAAUUAAAUACAGAUUUUUAGUUGAAAUAUGAGUAACCAGGGGCAACAACUGACCGGCAACUGCUUAUGAAUUUACCAAGUACACGAAAUGACAAUAACAAAACACAUUCACAUCCUGCUAAAUGAUGCUUCCUCCAAAUAAAGACCCUCGUCACAC